AUGACUUCGAUCGAACAGCUCCCGCCGCUUCGCCCAUCGGCUAAGCCUCCGAGCGAAACCGCACCGGUGACCAAAAGCCCCAGGAAUCAUCCGGGUGCAUAUGUCUCUCCAAAGGCCGCUAGCGGGGCUGCGGCUACCAGGGCUGCUGGCGGUACUGCUGCUGACGGCGCUGCUGCUGGCGCUGCCAAGGGUGGCUCAGUGGGCGACACUGCUUCGUUCCUGGCCAACCGUCCGCCAAUCCAGAGGAUGCGCACCAACAAGCAUCUCAAGGGCGAGAUUGUCGAGAGCUUUGGUAAUCUCAUCGGCGCUCCGGCCCACAAGCAUCUCUCCCCGAGCAGCUCGACGCUCGAGUAUCGCCACUACGUUCCGUUCCACCCAACCUGCAACAAACUUCUUGCCAAGCGAUGGGACCGGGCCGCCAGAGACCUUCACCUCGCCAAACUGCGGCACGCCCGGCCCACGAUUGACAAUGCCCCGCCCAAGGUGUAUCCGCAUCUGGAGAUGAGACUCAAGCGCCUCCAGAUCCAGGAAGAGAGAUUGCACGACAUUGAGCGCAAAAACCACAAUCUGCUCGACCGGAUUGCCUUCCAGAUGGUCAACCCAUCAGAGGUCUCGGGCCUGGACGCAUCUCGGCGAUAUUCGACCGCCCCUUGUCCUGGUGGACAGGGCCCGCCAGGAGAAGGGUCGCUGCAUGCCCCGAAGCGCCGCCGGGAUAUGAUGCAGAUUGCGGUUGAAAACCUGACCAUCCUGCAGCGCCUCGAGGAGAAGGCUCCCUACUACAACCGACUUGAGUGGCUGGCCCAGCGGCACAAGAACCUUGGCUACCUCCUCAACAUUGCCCAGUAUCCGGGCACAUAUCGCCAGCUUGUGGACGAAAGCAAUGCAUACCAGUGCCCCGUGCCGCCGAAACUGCGCGGCAUCACCCGUGGAAUGCAGUUCCACCGCAAAGGAAACGGAGCCUAUGCCAACGGACGGCCCAUCACCCGACCCUCCAAGAGCGGUGGCAAGGGGCCGCUAGAGGAGUACUCGGAGCGAUCCGAGUCGAACGCCUCGGACCACUCGCUCUCUCCGGCGGUGCUGCCGCCGAUCCAGUCCGUCCAUUCCGACGCGGACCCGCACGGAUUUGAAGCUCGGGCAGCCGAACAUGGCCACGACUAUCACGAAGACGGGUAUACCCCGCUCCCAGACAGCUACAGCGAGGCGGACUAUCACGACGAGCACUUUUACGCAUCGCAGCAGCACGAAGAUCGUUAUGAGACGCCAGAGCCGUACCCAGCCCCAGAGGAGCAUCAUGACGAAGCCAGUCCGAUGCCAGCACAGCCAGGCGAAUCGGCAGCACAGCCAGGCGAAUCGACAGCACAGCCUCAACCAGAGCUGGCGCCGUCGCAUGCCGAGCCACUGGAGCACCAAGUUGCGGCUGGAGAGACUUUGCCUCGGAAUGAACACCACGACGAGUAUGCAUUGUACGAUAUUCACAACGAUGCACACCAGCCGGACGGCCCGCCUGUGGCGCUGGACGACUCCAACCAACAAGAAGACCAACGCAAUCUCGACCAGCACGGAGACCAAGACCAUUCCGAGUAUCAGCAAACCAAGCCAUACCACGAAGAGUACCAUGAAGUCGAGUCACAGGCCCCACAGAGCGCCGCCGCCGAUCAGGACAAGCUCGAGCACGAACAUGAGCACGAGCAUGAGCAUGCUGUGGGCGAAGCAACUCAGACGUCUGUCUCGGAGAACCCAUACGAGACUACGGAUAUAGAGCCAGAGCAGGCGGUUGUCGAGCCCGUGGUGGUCCACGACGGGUCCGAUCCAGACCACACAGAAGCGCGGGAGGGCGAGAGUGGUGCAUCCGAGCCUCACGCCAUCAGUACGGGUGUUGAACAUGUGUAUGGUGCUGAGCCUGCUCAUGAUUCUGAACUUGCAAAUGAACCUGAAAAUGCACACGGCGACGGAUCCGAACUCUUGGACACGGAGCCAGCACACCACAAGCCAGCCUCCGGUGCCGACGUCAAGGCAGCUUCAAGUCACAUCAGCGAUUCUCCCAUUGUGGAACAAGCCCGUAACGACCAAGAAACGGCUCCUGCCGACAAAGCUCUGGAAGCGCCAAUGCAACACGACGAGCCGAUCGAUAAAGACACCACUGCUACAGAAUCAAUGGUGGACCCGUCUCAGAUUGGUACCGGCGGCGAAAGUGUGAGCUACGAUGAGCCCGACCAAAAUCAAGACCCCGCUGCAGAGGUUGAUGCAGAUACCAACACCGAGCAUGUGUCCGCUGAGCUUGCUUCGGCACAAGUCACGCACGAGGAUGUGAACGAAUCGGACAAUACCGUCGACCCGAGCGAUCCAGCACCAGAGAGCACUGAAGCACCACACGAGCAGCCUUUUGAAGUCGAGACCGAGUCUGAAGUGCACCAGGUGAAUGCUGCUGCCGAAGCCGCCGAAGAUUUGACAGGCUCAGCUGGCCAAGAGCCUGGUACAGAUGAGUCAGUUGAGACUGCGGCAGCUGCGGAAGAGGUCCCGAUUGCCCAGGAUGAGCAAGCCGUACAAGUCGAGCCAGCGGUCGGUGCAGACCCAGCUGCCGAACCAGAGCAGUCGGCUGGCAUAGAGCUUGGACAAGACGAGAGCUCUGUAGAGCCGGCGGCCGAAGUGCAAAAUGAUACAGAUGCUCAGGCCCGGGAGCUUGUCGAGGAGACUGCCCAGGGCGAGCAGGCGGACGUUCAACAAUAUCUGGACGAAGCCCUCGUUGAUGGCUCCGCGAACGAGACCAACGAGACCGUGACCGAAGCUGGCGUUGAGCCUGCUGCAGAUCUUGCUGUCGAGCCGGUUGCUGUCGAGCCGGUUGCUGUCGAGCCGGUUGCUGUCGAGGCUGAGCCGACUGAAACUAGUAUCGCCGAAUCACCCGAUGAGCCAACCACACAAGUCGAACCAGCGGAAUCAGCUGAAGCGCCUCAGUCAACCGAAGCGGCGGAGCCAUCUGAACCUGCCGAACAAGUGCCUAUCGAACAGCCCGGGGCAGCGGAGUAUGAAGAGCCAGAGCCUGCUGAGUCCUCUGAGCCCGUGGAGCCGUCUGAAUCCAUUGUGCCAUCCCAGCAUGAGGCUCAAACGCAAGACGAGGCUGGUGAACAAACCCAAGCACCGGGCCCAAAUAGGGAACUGACCCACGACCAACCGCACGAGAGCGAUACCCAAGGGCACGACGAGAGCAGUUCAGGCAACAACCCGGCCGAUGUCGCCGCGGCCUUGAGCGAGGCUCCAGAGCCAGUUGAUCUCGAGCCAUCGCCUGAUCAAGACGAACAUCAAAACAGCACAGAGGCCACCACCCAGCCCGAGGAGGCAUUACAGACCGAUGCCGUUGCCUCCGCGGAUGACCUCGGCGAGUCAGGGGAGCCUCCUCGAGAGUAG